GACACGGACAGGACAGCUACUACAAAGAGGUAGCAGCAGUUACUGGCUUACUGCUCCUACCCGGACGCCCUUCCUGGCUUCCUCCCACCCUCUUCACUUUGGUCUGAAGAACCCAAAACGCACAACUAACCACUCGCUUCGCUGCUUUUAAGGAUUCUUCUUCCCCAAUGGCUGCCGAUGAGAAACUGAGGGCUUUGAAGAAGGCAUAUGCGGAUAUCAUACUGAACACGGCGAAGGAGGCCGCUGCCAGAAUAAUGGCGUCCGAAAGAAAGGCGCAGCGGUUUCAGCGGGAGCUUCAGAUGGCCAAAGAGGAGGCCUUGCGGAUGCUCCUGCGCCUCAAGCAGAUGAUGGAUUCUAAGAUUUCUGAUGCAGAGUUGACGUCACUGAGUCAACAGAAAAAGAUUGAUGAACUUGAAGCUCAACUCCAAGAAGCUGAGGAUAUUGUUAAAGAUCUCAGAGAGGAACUGAGAGAAGUGAACACUGAAUUGGAGAGGGUCAGAAACAGUAAAGAGAAGCUCCUGGAUGAUCAGCAUGCUGUGGCACAAAAAGGAAUAUCUGAAGAGAAUGAAGCCCACUAUUCCCAGUCUAAUGCACUCCCUCCCAAUCAAUCAGAUCUCGGACAUGUUGCAGCUGCUGAAUUGAGAAGCAUGCAUGAGUUUCAGAAAAAUGAGAGUUUUAAAUUCUAUUCUGGUGUACCUUAUGUGGGGAAUUUAUACCUUGGAUGUCCAGAUUUGCCCUCUAUCAUUUUGAGAAGCAAAGAGCCUGAGCUGUACAGAAAUGGGUGCACUCAGAGAAUACGUGCGUCAGAAGGAAACCUUUCGAAUAUGCUUUCUGGGAAAGUACAUAAAAGGAAAGAUGAUAUCUCUACUCUAGAAGAUUUAGGUGGUAAACAAAUCUUUUCAGUACCUAACUGUAGCUUAGGAAAUUUGAGUAAUGUUGAGAAGAAAGUAGAGGCAGAUAGCCAACUUGGUAGAUGGAACCCCACCCCAAUUUUUUGUGUCAAGAAGAAGAGAGCUACUAGAUAUAGGAAAAGGACGAUUACCUCAUCCGGAAGUUUUCCUGAUCAACUUCGUAGACCUAAUCAAGCUCCUGAUGUUUCUUGUGCGGCAACUCAUCUGAUUUCUGUGAGAAGUGAUGUUCAUUUUGAGGAAAAUAAAUCCAAGAUGGUGUCAAGAUUAUCUUCAGAUGGAGCUGAACCAGGGUUAGAGGAGGAUUGUGCUGAAACUUCUGAAAAUGAUAUUGAGCUUGGUAACUCUGCUGCUGUUCAUAGACCCGUGAAUGAAAAUGAAGGUACAGAAAAUUUGGUCCUUAAGGAUUCUGCCGGGAGUUCGGUGGCUACAGAGGGUGAAACAGAUCUUCAAAACUCAAAUAUUACAUUGCCGAUAUAUGAGCCAAAUGAACCUACUGUAGCGGAUAGGGUUGGUAAUCAACCUAUCCAUGAAAGAAUAAUCAAGUAUACAUUCCAAAGGAAGCGAAAGAGAGAUUCUUUGAGCAAAUCCAAUGGGGUUGUUUCUUUUGAAAGUGAUACUUCUAAGAGGCGAACUUUGGGGGAAGAAAGUGAUCCUGUGGAGCAGGAGAAGUCAAACUUAGUAACAGAAUCCUCUCGACAUUGUGGGCGCUUAGCACACAUUGCUCAUCAGGCGCACGAGUCCCAUUGCGUUAAAGGCAGGGUUUCCUGUAUGAUUUCUGACAAUUUUUUGGAGUGCUUAUAUCUCUGUCGGAGAGCAAAUGGUAGCUGUGAAACACUCAGUUCCGUGGUUGAUUGGAUUUUAAGCUUAAAGACAUUGAGCGAGAGGGAGAAGAAGAAACCAGCCGGUAUCGUGCAAUCUAUCAAAUUCUCCCUGGUCGGUCUGACAUGUGGGCAAAUCUCUUUUGAUCAAGAAACGGGUUUUGAAAUUUUUUUUUUUUUUUUUUUGAAAAUAAUUUAUGGAUAACUCGUACUAGUAGUAUAUGAUAUAUUACUCACUAUUGUAGUACUACUAUCGUUUAUUAUAUCUCGUUUUUAUUA